AUGAAAAGGUUGACAAAUUAGUGUAGAAGCUUUCAUUAUUUGCUGAAUUUUGAUGAAAACUACUUAAGUUGGCAAAUUUAAGGAUUAACCUAUUUCUUAUAUUUGACAUAGUUUUUCAAUUUAAGUGGAGAAUUCAAACCUCAAUCUGAUAUUAUCACAAUAUAUUCUCUGAUAAGAGGAACAUUCAUUUUUAACAUAAUGGAUGAGAAAUACUUCACAAUAAUUCAGAUUCUCUUUUUAAUUUUCAAUGUAAUUCUCAUAAUCAGUUUAUGUGCAAAUAUUAUACUCAACUACAUAUAGAAUUCAAAAAAAUGGAAACUGCUAAUAAUCAUCAUCAAUUUGGUUAUAAAUGUGUAUCCUAAUGUAUUUUUCAUCCCAAUCAUCUGGUUAAAUAUAAAAUUAUGUUUUACAUAAUCUGCAUUGCUUUUUGCAAUAGCAUUGAUAAACCUAUUAAUUUCUAUGUUUUUGACUAUUCUGGUUGUAUUUUUUCAAAGAGGAGAUGCACUCCAUUAAUAUGAAGAUGUUAACAAUAAUAUCAUUUUGAUAAGAAUUCUAGUGAAGCUUGCAGAAUUUAUUACUAUUUAUCUUUCAUUCUUGGAUGAUACCUUAACUUUUAUUUUCUAACUAUUUGUAUUUCUGUCUAAUAUAUCACUAAAUGCGUUUAAAUUCACUGACCAAUCUGAUGGAAGAGUAAGAUAGAACUUAUUAUUUUUGAUUUUGAGCAUUACCCUUUUAGCAAAACUCACUCUGAUGGACUACUUGAUAAUAUCAACGGUGAUUUUGUAUUUUUACUCUUAAUUAUUGAACAUAAAAACACAAAAAGUUUUAAUACAAGGGGAUUCAAUAUUAUUGUGUUAGUUAGCUGGGAAGAUCUAUAAAAAUUGUUUAGUAGAUAAACAAGCCAGAAUACAGUUGCAGAUAUUUAAGAACAAUCAUAAAUGUGUGAAAUGCAAGGCUUUUUAUGACAUAAUCGAAUGUAUUCUCAAGAGAAAAGCAAGAAAUGAAAGACAUAAAUUGAUAUAUGCUAACUUUGUAUAAAAGAAAUGGCCAUUACGUGCAUUAGUAGAGUUGCAUAAAGAGUAGAAUGAAGACUUUUAUUAUUAAUCUGCAGUGUUGACAUUUUAAAAAUUAAAUAUUUCUAAAAUUGAGAUUGCUAGUUACAUUUCCACUUCUUAUUAAUCAUAGAAAGUUUGUCAAUUAGUAAUUGAUCAACUUUAAAAAGUAAUGGAAAAUCUUAUAAAAUUUUGGAAUUAAACAGUUAUGAAUUAAUUUGAUUUGAUGUAGUUUUAUCAAGCAUCUCGAAACUAAGGAUUAUAAAUCAAGUAAAUGAAGUUGUUAUUCGAAAAAAUAUAUAAUUUAAAUAGUCAUACAUUAUGGUGUAGUUCACAAUUAGAUGUGAUGAGUUUAAGAUUGCAACAAGUAUAUUAUUGCGUAGUAAAUGUUGAUCUAUUUAAAGCUUAAUAAAUGGAGGAGAAGAUUAAUGAAGUGUUUAGAUUUGAAAAGUAUCAACAAUUCUUGACAAUCGAUAGCAAUUAAUUAGUAAUGAACAGGUCACUACUAAUAAGAACUUCUCUAAUUUAUAAUGUAAACAAAUUGAUCAAACCAAAUUAUGAAUAAAUGAGUAAAUUCCUUGAAACUUCCAUUGAAGAUAUAUCAUUGAUUAAAUCAAGUUUAGAUUUGAUGCCUUCUUAUUUGGCCACAAUCCAUGAUUAAUUGACUGAAACCUUUAUUUAUAAAGGACAAUCUAAUCUAUCUCAAUAAGGUUAAUCAACGUUCUGUCUGAAUCCAAAAGGAUACAUAGUUCCCUGUUACAUCCAUAUUCUACCCAUUUAAGCAGAAAAUGACUAUUUCAUCAAUGCAAUACUAACAAAGGAGUAAAAUUACAAUGAGUCAAUCAUAUUUGGGAUGAAUGGAAAAUUGUUUGGGAUGACAUAGAAUUAUUUUGAGUUUACACUUUAGAGUUUGAUUUUUGACAAUUUUUCUAAAAGAAUAACAAUUAAUGAGAUUAUUGAAAAGGGAGCACUAAUCUAAUAUUAUAUAGAUAAUAUAAUUGAUUAGAUAUAUAAUCUAAAAUAGAAUAUUGAAAGGCAUUAAAAUUAUACGCUUAAUGAGUUGACAUCAUAUUGGUAGUAUCCUGAAAAUCACUUCAAUUGUGUAGUCGGUGCUAAUUAAAUUAUAAUGAGAUAGUAGUACUCAUCUAAUCAUGCGUUAUCUUUUUCUAACUUUAUCUCUUAAAAAACUUAUUUGCAAACAUCAAAACCUAGUACAGUCUAAAUCUCAGAAUUUGAUGAAUCACUUCAACAUAGCAAAGAUCUCAACUUUGAGGGUUGCGAAUGGUAGAUAUUGAAUAAUAAUUAUAACAAUUCUAUAAGAUAAAUGUUGGAUCAAUUAGGGGAAAGUCAAAAAACAAACAGAGGCAGAAUUUAAAUAAUGUAUUCAUUGUCCUUUCGAAAAAUUUAAAUUGGUAAAAGAACAUUAGGAUAUUUCUUAUUAGAAAUUAAAGAUUGUAAAUAGGAUUACACUUAAAAACACACUCUUGACCAAUUUACUUCCUAUAAAACCAGAAAAUCAAAAUCAAGAUCAAGAUCAAGCAAAGUAGAUAAAUCUUCAUGUGAAUUUCCAGUUGAUGAGAUCGAAAUCAUCAACUCUGAGAGACCACAAUCAAAUAAGGAAAUUGAGAAUUAGAUCAAACAUAUCAAAUUAAAUAAUCAUCUUUUAUAUUUAAAUAAAAUAGAACAUGAAAGAUAAACAUUAUUAAAUAAUUACUUAUCAUCCAUAAGUGUAUCAAAAUAAAAAAUGUAAUCUUAUGAUUUCGAAAAUACUUCUAGAUUGUUGAAAUUAUAAACUGAUAGAUAACCAAAAAAAUAAUUAUUAACAACUAGAAUAGAAUUAUAAAGUAUAAAUAUUUAAUAAGAUGAUGAUGAUGUAAUGUAAGCAGUUGAAUAGGAAUUUUAAGAAAUUAUCUUUGAAAGAAAAGGAAUUAAUUAGUAAGAAUAAGAGGAAGAUCAUAAUAAUCAAAAGAAUAGAGUAAAAUAGAAUAAAGACUCAAAUUAAAAGUAAAAAACCAAAACCUAAUUCUAAUUGGCAACUAAUAAGACAUUUAAGAAACAAAUCAAUAUUCUCAAGGAUGCAUUUUUGUAUCUCGAUCAUAUCUCUAAAUCAAACUUUACCCUAUCUUGCCUAAAGAAAUUCACAUAUUUUUCUUUUUGUGUUAUCCUUUUGUUAAUAAUCAAUAUAGGAUUAGAAAGUAAUGAAGUUUAACAACAUGUCUCAAGUAACGAUAGAUUUAUAUAAAAUACUUUAACAAAAGUUGAAUUUCAUAAAUUACUAGCUAUCAAACUCAAUUUACAUGAUGUUGUCAAACUAUCAUAACAGUCAAUAAUUAAUUAAAAUUAGUACAUUAUCCAAAUGGCUUAAACCCAAGCCGAAUCAAUUUAUAUUUAAAAUAUAUAGAAUUAAGAAUAUUUAAUUUUGAAUCAUUAUUCUAAGGAUGAGAGCAUCGAUUUAGAAUAAUUUCAUAUUAUCUUGGAAUAAUUUAAUAACUAAAUGAGACAAGCUUACUACAACUCUACACAUUUUACAUUUAACUUUACAAAUAAUACACAUUAUAUAUUCUCUUACUUCUAUCGAACUAUUACAUAAGAAGUGGAUAACUAUAUGGAUUAACAAUCAGAUUUAAUUUAAACACUUGUGUUUACUCUCUUAAGCUUUUGUUUUAUUGUGUAUUAAAUAAAAUUUUUAUAUGCAAAGUAGUAAGCCGUAAUUUAAAUCCUUAGAUUGAUACAAUAAACAAACAUAAUCAAAAUAUAAAAUCACAUAGCUAGGCUCUCUAUAAUAAAGGAAACGUUUGAAACUAAAUUUGAAUAAAAUUCACUCUAUGAUACGAAUUCUAAGAAUUGGAAGUUAACUUCUUAUGUAGCCAUUGUCUAAGAAGAACUUCAUAUUGAGAGACAAUAAAAUAAAAAGAUCCAUGAAUUAGAGGGAAAUCUAAAUCACCGUUACAUAUUCCCAAACUUUAUAAUUGUUACAGUGCUAUGUUUAUUCAUUCUAACUGGAUCAUUGUUAUAACAAAACUAUUAUAAAGAUAAAUUUUUAGAAAUUGAGAAAUCCUUUUUAAAACUUAAUCUAGUUCUUGAUUCUGGAUUACUUUAUGGAACUCUUAUUAAAACGAAUACGAUUUUAGAUAUAUCUGAUUAAUUGGCUAACAUGGUGAUUACUUAAUUUAACGAUAGCAUGAACUUAUUGAUCAAGAUAUCAAAUGAUAUCAUUCUAAAUCUUGAAUACUUGUAAGAGGAUUCAAUACUAGACUUAUUAAUUUCAGAUUAUUGCUUAAAUUAUAAGGAUAAAAUUAAAUAUUGUUAUGAUAAUCAAUAUCCUUAUAAAGAGAUGCAUUCAUUAAUAGAUAGAGGAAUGAUGAGUUUGAUUAAUAAUAUUGAAAAAGUAAAGCUGACAGAAUUUCUGUUUGAAUUAGCCAAUGAUUAAUUUGAGAAUAAUGAGGAUGAACUAAUUAGUUUUGUUUAAAGUCAAACAUUCAUAAAUACAUUUUUAGCUUAUUUUUCAGAAACAACAAAUGUGUUUAGUGAUUAACUCGGUGAAUUAUAUAAUUUCUAAAACGAAUAUUAUAGUAAAUAUGUUUUAGUAAUCUUGUUUUAUGAAAUAGCUGUUGGUAUAAGUGUUGGGUUAAUGUAUUUAUUAUAUGGAUAUUUGACACAAUUAUAUCACAAAAUAGACUUUUAGUAUAUCAUUUUAUUUUUGAGGACAAUGCCGUAUGAAUAGAUUCAAUAAAAGAACUUUUUGCAUCAAAUGAAAAGCAUUUUGUAAGAAUAAUGA